GAAUCUUCGCAUAGAAGGAGAUGGGGUUAUAUGGAAGAAGAUUUAAAUUCGGACGUAUCAGACCCUUCACGGUCCAAUAUAGCAUGAAGUUCAUUAAUACGUGGCGGUCAAAUAAAUUUAGAUAUUUACGACAUUCUCGUGUGUAUCCAUUGAAGCAUCGCCACUACUGGGUAUAAAUAAACCAAGAAUUAAGCGAAAAAGUCAAACGGAUUACAACAAGUCUCAAGAAAAGCGAAACACAAAGAAAAACGAAAAAACUUACCGAAGAAAAGCUGCAAAUUCAUAUUGAAUACAACAAGCACAUAGAGGAAAAAAGAACCAAAGAAAAACUUUCAACAACAAAAAGCUGAGAAAGAUCCGAAAAGAGUGCAGUUAUUUUUCCAGACGCAGAAUAUAUUCCCUGAUUACAAGAUGGCAUUUGACAGCAAGACUUUAGUGUUGCGUAUUUUCCCCCGGUUCGCCAAGCUGCCUGUACCUAGCAUCUCACCAUCGUGCCUGAAGCUGGAGACUUACGCACGCAUGGCAAACAUCCAGUACCACGUCAACACCGCGUGCGAGAAUAUCGAUAAGGUGAACAUGCCGGCGGUAGAAUACGAUGGCAAAGUAGUCGUGCACUCGGCAAGAUGUAUACCGUACCUGAACGAGCGCUAUGGCGUGGAACUGGACCGAGACUUGAGCGAGGAGCAAAAAGCUACCGCAACAACGAUUACAGCUAUGCUGGACGAGCACACUAGCUGGACCUUAUUGUACCAUCGCUGGUGUAGCGGCUACGCCACACAGUUCAGAGAUAACCUGAUGUACGGCUUCAACUCCUUCUUCAAGAAGAUCGCCUUUUGUUGCUUCAGAUGUGACACCCAGAAAAAGCUCCAGGCCCAGGGCAUGGGUCGCCAUACUGAGGCGGAGGUAUACAGUCUUGCUGAACGCGACCUCCGCGCUGUCUCCACCCUACUCGGGGACAAGCCAUACCUGUUCGGGGACCGGCCCGUGGAAGCGGACGCCUCCCUGUUUGGAAUCGUGGCAAAUGUGAUCUGGACCAUGCAAGAGAGCCCGCAAGAGAAGCUGAUCAGUGGAGAACUGCCGAAUCUAGCUGAUCAUGCGCAGAGGAUCAAGAAGGAGUUUUAUCCGGACUGGGACGAGGUCAUCAAGAGUGAAUCAUUUGAAUUCUGCAAGAAAAAAAAGUGAACAAUUCAAAAUGAAAUUACUUGAUUUGUAUGAGGAGAAAUCAGAAUUAUUUAUCAUUUAAAAAAUAUUGAAUGUCUUCAAGUAAUCAAAAGUAUCUAAUAACAAAGCUUUGCUAUAUAUCACAAAGUGUAAAUAUUAAUCAUCUAAAUAUGAGAUACUUAUCUUAUGAAACAAAUGCAUGUAUUUAUAGCGAAUAAAGUUAUAAAGUCUGCUUCA